ACAGUCGACUGUCGAGUGUUGACAUCGUCGGUAAUGUUGGUCGGUGUCGGGAAAUGAAGUUGUGAAUGUAAACUAUGGAUAUUUUGUUCAAUUUUAAUUAUUAGCUGAAUUUUUGAGAAUCAAAUAAUAAGGUUAAGAUUCAUAAUGGGUCGGCGUUCGAUAAAUACCACUAAAAGUGGUAAAUACAUGAAUCCCACUGACCAAGCUCGCAAGGAAGCUAGAAAAAAAGAAUUGAAGAAGAAUAAGCGUCAACGUCAAAUGGUCAGAGCUGCAGUAUUGAAAGGAAAAGAUCCUGUUCAAAUUUUGGCUGAAAUGGAAAAAAUAGAUCAAAUGGAGUAUAAUGUUCUUCAACCAUCGCCUUUGAAUGAGAAAGUACUGAAGGAUAAAAGAAAGAAAUUGCGAGAUACAUUGGAUAGAGUAAUGAAGAUGUAUGUGAAAGACGACCCGGACAAAUGGGAAGAGCUGAAGCGUGCGGAGGCUGACUACGAGAAGCGUCGCUUCACGAUGUCGACCUACUAUGAGGCGGUGCGUCACGCCCAACAGGUGCAAGUGGAUGAUAUCCCGCUGCCCAUCAACCAGUUGCCGCCCGAGAGCAUCGCCGCGCUCGCCGGCCUCACCGCCCAGAUACCCCUGCCCGUCGAUCUGCCCCUACCCCUGCCCCCGGCCGCCGGCAUACUCCGUAAGCGAUCUGCUUACAGCCCACCUCUGCGACCAAAGAUUCCUCCAGGGGUACCACCAGGUCCGCCACCUGAACUUGACAGUGAAGAUGAAGCUGAUUUGGAAAACAUUGCAGAAGAAAUCACAAGAAAUAGACAACGUACAAUCAGAUUUGCAGAGGAAGGCGACAGUGAUUCAGAUAGCGAGGAUGGGGACAAUUUAGAGGGAGAAAGAAGUAAGAAUGAUGACGAUGACGAAGAUAUUGAUGAUGAAGACGAUGAUCAUGAUGAUGAUGACAGUGAUGAUGAUGCUUUGAAAGCAGCUCACGACAAAAUGAUUUCUGUUGCUGGUCAAGAUCUGGAUGCGUUCAUGAAAGAGAUUGAAGAAGUGCAGAAGAAAAGUGAAGCCGGUCAGAUGCAGAUUGACUCGAUCGGAGGUGCCAAACUACACCACAUGCUGGACACCAUUCAGCUGCCUCCAACAAUGAUACCGUUGCCCGUGCCUCCCCCCUCGGGACAAAUGCCAACUCAACUACCUCCAGCUCCACCAUUGGGAGUGCCGCCACCGAUGAUGUUCAGGCCGCCGAUGAUGAGGCUGCCGAUGGGCCUCCGCCUGCCCCCGGGUCCACCUCCAGGUCGACCACCCACCCUGCCCCCAGGGCCACCUCCCGGCCUGCCGCCCCGGCUCAUGGGCAUUCGUCUGCCCCCUGGGCCACCUCCACGCAUGGCCGCCGCCCCCACACCCAAUGUGGUCAGCGCCGCCCCGCAGCUCAUCAAUCGUGCCUCCAAGGACGACGCCAAGGAUGGGUCGCAGAAGGGGGGAGCCACCAUCGAGGCCAAAGCGCAGCUCAGGAAUCUUAGUGCUGAUGUUACCAGGUUCGUUCCUACUGCUUUGAGAGUGAAGCGAGGGGAUGAUAAGACCCAGGCUAAAGCAUCCACAGCAGAUAUUCCUUCAAAACCGGAAGCAACUAUACAAAUAUCUAAGACGCAAAUAUCGAAAGAUGACGCCUAUCAACAGUUUAUGAAAGAAAUGGAAGGACUGUUGUGAUUACUUUAUAUUCAGUUGCAACUGGAAUUAGUACAAUUAUCUGUGCUUUCCAUGAACAUUAUUGCUUUACAAAUAAUUGAGAUUCCAAUUUUAAGAAUGUUUAAUUCUACUCGAUCAUUGAGAUUCUUAUUUAUUGAAUGCUGCAUCAUAAUGUGAAAAGUAAAUAGGCUGAUGUUGUACAUAUUUCUUUAGAAUUUUAUAAUAGAAUAAGAAAUAAAGUUUGUGUCCUUAUGUCUAAAUGCUGUCAUUGACUUGUUCAAUUGCUACAUAUGUAUUAUAUCGUGUUAUUCACUACUUGUCUUGUGUAUUAAUUUUAUUGAAGUACUUUGAUUUUGUUCAUAUUUCAAAUUCAGAGUUGAUUCAACCAAUGUAAUGUGCUAAGAUAUUAUUUACAAACGAAUAAACCAAUGUACCUAGAAUUCACUGUAUUCUACAUUACAUAAAGCAAUGUGUUCUUCUACAUUACAUAAAGCAAUGUGUUCUAGGUUCAUUGGAAUAAACCUUAGUUUAGAACAAAAAUAUAUUUUGUCUAUAGAACAUGUUAUUCAUGUUGGAAAAUCUGAUUUGGAAAACUUUAGUGUAACAGUUUUCACGAGGAUCAAAGUUGAAUAAAAAUAUAAGUAAGUAGUAAAUAUAAUUAUAACUAAGUUGUAUUUACAAAAUGAAUAUUAAUUAUUCAACUGAAGAAAAAAACACGAAUGUCAUAUACAGUUUAUUACACUAGGUUUGAAUAAUAAGCCAACAAUGAUAUAAUACAAUUUUAUAUUUACAUGCACCUGUGAAAAAGUAUUCAAUACUCGUCAUAUAUUACUUUGGUACUUGAACCUUGUUCCAACUAAAAUAAGGAAGCUAACCACUAAUUCUAAUGCAAAUAGUCUACACUGAAGAAUAAUUACAUUUUGAUCUUGCUUAGAUUGAGUUAUAUAUUAAAAUAACGUUAAACUUAAAUAAUGCAUAAUAUAACUAAUAAUAUUCAAUAAUUUAAAUGAAAGUUUACCAUUAAUAAACGUGUCUGCUUUCACAAUGGUCAUUAUAAUACUGUAUGAAUAAAUUACAAGUGAAUGUAAUUCAAGUCUGAACUAAAGAAUAAAGUGAUGCAAAUGUUAAAUGAAAAUUGAUUUCCAGUUUUUAAAUUGAAUAUAAAAUAAUAUUAUUCAUAUAGAAUUUUAGUUUCCACUUGAAAAAAAAAACCUUAUCGAAACUUUUAAUUUUCAAAUCAUUCAACACUCUAAAACAAAUUGCAGUGUAGUCAAAAAUGCGUAAGUCUUCUAUUUAAAAUAAUGUUUGAUACUAUGCUGAAUAAUAUAGUUUUUAUCCUGAGUAAUUUAUUGCAGCUAUGCACUAUGGUACAGUAAUAUUUAUCUACUGUAUGUGCUUAUUGAGAUUCACAAACAGUUAGCCAUCGCACUAACUACUUUUAGUAUAAUAUAUAUUUAUCUUAAAAUAAUUUUUAAUCAACAAUAAUCAAUGAAUUAAUUAGCAAAAAUCAAUAUAUUAGAAAAAUAAUCUUCUCAUUUAAGUACACAUAAAUCAUCUACCUAUUCACAAAAAUUCCCUUCUACCUUCACAAUCAAUAUAAUUGAAAUUUUCAACCAUUUGUACAGUAUCUUAUUGACUUUCUUUCGGCACAUUAUUUCACAAUGUUUAUUACAAUUAUUAUUAGUCAUGUUAUUUGUAGAAUAUCGUUUUUUGUACAAUAUAGGUACAUAUAACAGUUUUUAUAAUUUGAACAACUCUCGAUCGCAAAACUAGUCUUUAUUGAACUGAAAACUAUUCGUAAAACAGCUGAUUCUUGCAUACCGUGCGGAAAACACGUAUUUUGCACACGGUUGUUUACCGCACCGUUCCAAUCAUUAAUAUCAAUAUCAGUACCAUUUUCAAUAUUAUAAAGGUGAUAACUUGAAUGAUGGGAAAAAUAUUGUUUACAACUGAUGUACAAACUUGAUAGAUGACCAAACUCAGCUCUCGUUUGCAGUUUUCACUAGUUUUACACAGAAGUUGCACAGUUAGCUAUUUCAAAUCAGUGAAUGGUAUGUAUUACUGAUAAAAUAAUAUACCAUUUACCAGACAAAAGAAAAAUUAAAGGA